AUGUUUUUUUCUUUUAAUAUAGUGCUCUACUUCGCCUUCAAAUGUAAAAUCUCAAUCGAGAUACACUACUCAUUUAGCAUCAACAAUUUUGCAUAUGCUCCCUUUACUGAGACGCCCCUAUUCUGUGGCACUUUGUUACAACACAAACAGGGGCAUAUUUUGGUUAUCCCGAAAUAUUGUGGGGAAAGGCUGCACGAUAUUCCAGACAAUUAUCUGGCCGAUUUGCUACCAGUUGCCAAGCGCGUGGCCGUUGCGUCUGGGGUGACUGACUACAACAUUUUACAGAAUAAUGGCGCGAUUGCCCAUCAAGUUGUCAAACAUGUUCAUGUUCACAUGAUCCCGAAACCAAAUGACACCGAAG